AGGGUGGGAAGAGGGAGUGACCAGACAAGGAGGAGACAGAGACUCAGGAGGGCGCAAGGAAGUGUCUUAGCGGAGGCUGGGGCGAGGCAGGAGAGGGUGGAGGAAAGUCUGCAGGAACAGGCAUCCUCCAGAAGCCGGAGGCAGCCUCUCCCGCUGCUUGCUGGGACGGGCUCUGGACACCCUCAGCUCUUCUCGCCUGCCCUCUGAGGCUCAAGCCAGCAGCAGCUCAGGGCUUUCGCUGGGUUGGUGCCACAGCUGUGGAGCUGGUGCCCUCGGGACCCCCUGCCCCGUCCCCUCUCCACCGCCCAGCAUGGAGGAGGCUGGCGAUUUUGACAACUACUAUGGGGCGGAUAACCAGUCCGAGUGCGAGUACACAGACUGGAAGUCCUCGGGGGCCCUCAUCCCUGCCAUCUACAUGCUGGUCUUCCUCUUGGGCACCACGGGCAACGGCCUGGUGCUCUGGACCGUGUUUCGCAGCAGCCGUGAGAAGAGACGCUCGGCUGACAUCUUCAUCGCCAGCCUGGCAGUGGCCGACCUGACUUUCGUGGUGACCCUGCCGCUGUGGGCCACCUACACCUACCGGGACUACGACUGGCCCUUCGGCACCUUUGCUUGUAAGCUCAGCAGCUAUCUGAUCUUUGUCAACAUGUACGCCAGCGUCUUCUGUCUCACCGGGCUCAGCUUCGACCGCUACCUGGCCAUCGUGAGGCCGGUGGCCAACGCUCGGCUGAGGCUGCGGGUCAGCGGCGCCGUGGCCACGGCGGUCCUGUGGACGCUGGCUGCCCUGCUGGCCAUGCCUGUCAUGGUGUUCCGCUCCACCGGCGACCUGGAGAACACCACCAAGGUACAGUGCUAUAUGGACUACUCCAUGGUGGCCGCCGAGAGCUCCGAGUGGGCCUGGGAGGUGGGCCUGGGGGUCUCGUCCACCGCCGUGGGCUUCGUGGUGCCCUUCACCGUCAUGUUGACCUGCUACUUCUUCAUUGCUCAAACCAUCGCCGGCCACUUCCGCAAGGAGCGCAUCGAGGGCCUGCGCAAGCGGCGCCGGCUGCUCAGCAUCAUCGUGGUGCUGGUGGUGACCUUUGCCCUCUGCUGGAUGCCUUACCACCUGGUGAAGACGCUCUACAUGCUGGGCAGCCUGCUGCACUGGCCCUGUGACUUCGACCUCUUCCUCAUGAACGUCUUCCCCUACUGCACCUGCAUCAGCUAUGUGAACAGCUGCCUCAACCCUUUCCUCUACGCCUUCUUCGACCCUCGCUUCCGCCAGGCCUGCACCUCCAUGCUCUGCUGGGGCCAGAGCAGGUGUGGGGCCACCUCCCACAGCAGCAGCGGGGAGAAGUCGGCCAGCUACUCCUCCGGGCACAGCCAGGGGCCCGGCCCCAACUCGGGGAAGGGUGGGGAGCAGAUGCACGAGAAGUCCAUCCCCUACAGCCAAGAGACCCUGGUGGUGGACUAGGACUGGGGUCGGAGGGGAGCCCGGGGCCCUCUGCCCUGCCCCAGGCUUUGCCCUUGCUCUCUGAAAGUCAGGUAGCAUGAUAGCACCUUCUCUCUUGCACUUAACCCUCUUCCCUGCCCCCUGCCCUCUCUGGUCGUCCUUCCUCCUUGAGUCUUGUUCAGGUGUUUGUAGUUUAGCGGAUGGAGACUGAGCCCUGCAGACUCCUGCUCAGCCACUCGGGAUCUGUGAGAUGGACCUUGCACAAGUCUCUUGACCUCUCUGAGCCUCAGUUUCCCCAUUUGUCUAAAAUGGGGGAAGUCAUGCUGGCUCAGUUGACAUGUGUUGCCCUCACCCCUUUUCUUGGAUCUCCAGCGUUUUCUUCUCCUUCCUUCCUUCCUAGUUUUCUCUCCCCUGUCCCUGUCCCUGCUUCUCUCUCUGCACUUUCCAUUCCAAAUCCUCGCCUGCUGGCUGCAGCCACCUCUCUCACGGCACACCCCCUCCCUCAAUCCCUCCUUCUUUCCCUUUUUACUUCCUGGUUCUGUAGGGCUCCUAAGGGUUAAGAAUCCUGAAGCUUGCACACAGGGCCCCUGCUCCAGGUCUCUCUGGUUCCCUGAGAGUGCGGGGAGCGGGGAAGAGUGCUGGAGGGAGGGGGGGUGGGGGGUGGGGGGGUGGUGGCUGGAGGACUGGUGAGUCAGCCAAGAGUUAACUCCAGGCUCUGCAGCUGGGAGCUCCAGAACCUUCUCCCAGACUGGAUCAGUUCGCUGUAAUUUCAGGCACUAAGGAUCCCAGAGGGGUGCCUCCCUUCCUGCACCCCCCCUCCCCAGUGCCAACCCGAUACACUUUUUACAGAUUUCCUCAGACCCUCUGCGUGCAAACUGGAAGGCUACCAUAUCUGAUGAAGGGAAAGCUCCUUGCUUCGGUAUAUGAGUGGGGGAGGGGUUGGGAUGGGACCGUGGAGGAAGAAGGGAGUCUGUAUUUAGUCUAUAUGCUGUGCGGCUUCCCUCUCUGAUUCCUCACCCGUCAGGACUCCUCCAGAACUGUGAGCUGCAGGUCUAAUCCCUGUCUCACCACACCCUGUCAUCCCCAGGCAGGGGGCUUUUCUUGAGCUCUGGUGCUGCCUGGUGCCAAGAAGUGUGUGUGUGUGUGUGUGUGUGUGUGUGUGUACGUGGAUGAAGUCACUUGUCACUUGGGUGAACUACCCCCUACUCUCUACCACAUCUCCAGUCUUCACACAAUAUCCUUGGGAGAAGAGGGACAUAUUGAGACAAUAUAGAAUAAAAAUGAGUCCACCCCCCACUGGAUUUGGGGGCUCUGACGGCUGGUCCGUGCUUUAAGAGAGAAGUCUAUGUUACUGCUGGGGCCUCCCUGGGGAGAUCUGUCCCUGGGACGGUGGUGCCCGAGGCCUGGGGAAACCCAGUGUGCUGGGUCCCAUCCUUCCUAGUUCCAAGAAGGAGGCAGGAGGUGGUAAAGAGCGUCCCCGUUUUGUGUUUACCCUUUUCCCGAGGUCUGUGGCCCUCUCCCUAAGGAGGCUGCCUUCUUGCCCGGGGUUUGAAAGGAACUGGGUGGGUGUUUUUUCUCACCUCACCACCUGGACGGGACCCCUUGGCCUCUCCCGCUGGGCUGGGGGGCUGGGAACAGUGACUGGAGCAGCCGCGACAGGGCUGAGGGCAUGACUUCAUGCCACCAGAGAGGCCUCAAGGACAAAAUUGAUGAUGGGGCCUUUGUGAGCCAGGGUCAGGGGUUUUGUUCUUGGAGGACUCCGGAUGGGACGUGAAGGACAAGAUUUGCACCGCGGAGGCAGGAAGAGCCCAGCUUGGUGUAAAUGGAGACCUUGACCAUCCCUGGGAUGGCGCCAGCCCAGGAGCAGAGGGAGGAGGAGAAAGGAAGAGACUCCUCUCAGCUUAGUCACCCCCUCACUGGCCAGAAUCCUCCCUUCUCAGCCCAGCACUGCUGAGCAUGCCAUCAAGGCUGGAGGAAGCUUCAAGAAGGGAAGCUUCUGAGGCCCUGGUCGGUGACCCCAGAGACCUUUUGGCUGGAACUCAUCUGUGGCCCUGGACAGAGGGUGGAGGCUACCCCAUCCCCUACCAGCCCCUUCUUCUUCGGAACGUCUCUGCUACUUUCUGACCCUGUUAGUCACUGAGGUUCAUGAAAUAAAUCUGUUUUGUGUAA